AAAGAAGUUCGAUGAGGGUUGUGUCGAGCGACGACGACGACGACGUGGACAUGCUGUGGACUGAAGCAGGGUCCACAGCUUCGUCCCAAGUCGAGUCCAGUGAUGAGGAGGACGAUGAAGGGGAGUACCCCGUGAAUGUCGAUCCUUUCAUCGUGGACCAUUCGUAUCUCGGGGAUGACUUGACAGUGGCGACAACGUCCACAUCCGCGCAUUUUACGCCCGGCAGCCUCGUUGCCAUGCCGUUGGUGUGGUUGCCCAACGUGGUGAUCUUUCCUGGGGAAACCUUGCCACUUCGAAUGCUCGCCACGUCCACGUUACAGCUCAUGACCACGCGGCUCCGCAACGGCGACGACACUUUCGCCCUGAUCAACGCCAACAUCCCCCGCCAUGUUGGCACGGUGAUUCAAAUCGAACGAAUGUACGAAUAUGGCGACCAACACCUGUCGAUCGUUGGUCGCGGCAGGCAGCGAUUCGAGCUCGUGGACCGCGUAUCGCUGCAUCACACGAUGGGUCAGUUCAUGGAAGGCGUGUCCGCGCAAGUUCGCAUCCUGCCCGACUUUCACGCGAUGCCUUGCCCGAUGCCCAUCAAUUUCCGGCGCGGCGGCCCCUCCUCGUCCCUGUAACACCUCUACCUCUAGCCAUUCUCUCUCAUUUCCCGAUGUUAGAAAGCGACGGCGACCUUCGCUUGUUGCGUAUUGGGGACCCCAGCAGUACAUGCAAUUCGACGGCCCUUCCCUCGUUUAUCAAGCGAAAUCCAUCCUGCUUCAGUCAGUCGAGUACCAUGCGUUUAUGGCAUCGACGACAAAUUCAACCUCAUCUGCUGCCAUGUCUGCGCCGUCCGACCCCACGCGCUUCUCGUACUGGCUAGCCGCCCAUCUCAACCUUGGUCUGGCCACCCGUCAGCGACUCUUGGCCACAUCGUGCGUCGUCGGUCGAUUGCGAGCGCUCAUUGAGUGGCUGCACCACCAGUCGGCCGUGAUUCAAUGCUCAGGCUGCGCCACGACAUUGGCCCAUACACGGGCCAUUUUCCUGAAGCAAGAUGCCGAUCACGGGGGCCCCGCCAGCACAUUUGUCAACCCGUACGGCGCCAUCCACCAGAUUCUGACCAUGCUGGCCGUGGAGCGUGCCACGUACGACCCCGUGGGCACCCCGUCGCUCGCAGACACUUGGUUCCCAGGCUAUACAUGGCAGUGCAUUUCGUGUGUCCAGUGCGCGACGUUCCUAGGGUGGCGAUACGUUUCCACGGUGGAGCAAGCGCACCCGCGAGUAUUUUUUGGCCUGCUGCGAAAUGCCAUUGGUUGACAGUGAAGCCACUCCAGACGAAUGAAAACAAAAACAAAUACCUGUGUGCGUGGGGGGGGUAUACAGUACACCAGUCAUGGAUUGAUCAUGUUUGUUAUCAAUAGUAUUAUAUAAUAUUAUUGAUUCGGUACGAAUUUCCG